AUGGCAGAUGACAAAGCCCCAGGCCCAGAUGGACUGAAUGUUAGAAGUCUCAAAUUUUUAUGGCCUCUGAUUGCACCAAAGGUUAUGGAUUUUUUCGAAAAAUUUCAUUCCUCAGCCUUUAUACCUUCAGGGCUGAAUUCAUCUUUUAUAACUCUGGUUCCAAAGUGUGCAUCUCCGGAGUCAAUUAAAGACUUCAGACCCAUAAGUCUCAUCAACACAACGUUCAAGCUGCUCAGCAAGGUGUUGGCUAACAGAUUGGCUAAACACAUAAAGAUUCUCACAAGUGAUACACAAACAGGAUUUGUUAAGGGUAGACAGGCCUCAGAGGGCAUUUUGAUAGUGAAGGAAAUAGUUCAUGCCCUCCAAAAAGGGAGAAGAAAGGGGCUGGUGUUUAAGCUAGAUUUUGAGAAAGCUUUUGACACAAUAAAUUGGGAGUUUCUAUUUGAGGUCUUGGCACGAAUGAAUUUCGAUCAAAAAUGGAUUGGAUGGAUGAGGGCCUUGUUAAAAUCUUCAAGAAUUUCUGUGCUUGUUAAUGGAUCGCCUUCCAAGGAGUUUGAACCAGGUAGAGGUUUGAGGCAGGGGGAUCCACUAUCGCCACUGCUCUUCAACUUAGCUGGAGAGGUCCUCAGUGCAAUGCUUACUAAAGCUGCUGGAAAAGGUAUUUUCUCAGGAAUUCCCUUAGGUGACUCAUCUCAGAAUAUCACCCACCUGCAGUUUGCAGAUGACACGGUAGUUUUUGUAAACAAUUCCUUAGAAUCUGUAAGAGGGGUCAAAUCAGUACUUCAAUGCUUUCAAAUGAUAUCAGGGCUCAAAAUAAAUUUUAUGAAAAGUGAGAUCUUUGCCCACAAAGAUUGCAUGGAUACUCAGCUUUUAGCUUCGCAAAUUCUAAGGUGCAAGGUAGGAACCUGGCCUAUGACCUAUCUAGGAAUUCCCAUUGGGAUCUCGAGCAGAAGACAAAUCUUUUGGAAGCCCCUGAUUAACAAAUUCUCCCAAAAGCUAGCAUCCUGGAAGGCAGACUUUCUAAAUCUAGCAGGAAAGACUACGUUGGUUAAGGCUGUAUUGGAUAGUCUGCCUCUGCACUGGCUUGGAAUGCACUUACUUCCAAAUAUGGUAUGUGACAGGUUAGAGCGAAUUAGGAGGGAUUUUCUUUGGGGAAACUAUAAUACUCAAGGUGAAAUAAGGAGGAAAAUCCAUCUUGUUAAAUGGAGUAGAGUGUGUGCUCCAAAAGAUCAGGGUGGACUUGGUCUGGUCCCCAUUAAAAUCAAGAAUCUAGCCUUGUUAGGUAAAUGGUCUUUCAGAUGGGAAGUGGAACGGAAGAGGAGCUGGAAUAUCUGGAUCAGAGAUAAGUAUGGCUGCUCAAAUCAUGAAAGUCUGCAAGAAAGUUUGGAGGGUUCUAAAGCUUCCAAUAGUUUACAAGAUAUGGUAAAAGCUGCUAAUCAUCCUGCUUAUAAAGGAAGUCUGAAAAAGAGAUGUUUUAAAUGGAUCAUUGGUGAUGGCAUGCAAACGUUAUUCUGGGAGGACAACUGGUUUGAGGAUUGUGCUCUAAUGAUUAAGUUUAGGAGACUUUAUGGGCUUUCAACUCUGCAGGGAGUGUCAGUGUCUUGCUUUCUAAGGCAUUGGAGUGAGCCUUGCCCCGAAAAGCCAUUGUGGAAAAGAAACCUCAGAUCCUGGGAGGAGGAAGAGCAGGUUAAGCUAAAUCUGGUGGUAAGUAGCAUUAAACUCUCCAAAAAGAUUGAUAAGAUGGUGUGGCAAGUCACUGGUAAGGAAUUCUCUGUCAAUAAUGCUGUAAAAGAAAUGACUGCUUCCCAUGGCAAAGUUAACUGGGAGUUCAUCUGGAAGCUUAAAGUGCCUCAAAAAAUCAAGUUUUUUCUAUGGAAAAUGCAUUUAGACAUUCUAACUACUAGAGAUUUCUUCUCUAAAAGAGAUAUAUUUCUCCCAGGGGAUGACAAGUGUUUUUUAUGCGGAAAAUGUGAAGAAACUUCUGGGCAUCUCUUCUAUAAUUGCGAUAUUGCUAUAGCUCAAUGGAAAAUGAUUUCCAGAUGGUGGCUAGUCUGUGAAGUUUGGUCUCAGGAUUUCAACUCGCAGAAGCUGUGGGAAAGCGCAAAGCUAUUUCAACAUAAGAAAGCUAAAUGUGCAUGGAAAAUAGUAAUUGGUGCAACUCUUUGGGUAAUUUGGACUUCAAGAAAUGCAGUGGUUUUUAAGGGGGAAAAAGUAAAUAUCGGCUUCAUGAUGUCAGCUAUCAAACAGCAUGCGAAAGAAUGGUGCCUGGCAGCUGAACUCAUUACAGAUAGCUCCCUGGCUUGGUGGGAUUGGAAUCCCAUGGGAACAAUCACAAGGUCCGAAACACUUCAAUUACAAUCACUUACGCAGGUCAAAUGGGAUCUUAUCGGAUUUGUUGAUGGCUCAUGGAAAAAUAAGCAGGGACAGUCCUUAGCAGGAAUAGGGGGAUUUAUCCAGAAGAAAAAUGGGGAUUGUAUUUUUACGUUUGCAGGGCCGUGUGGUGCCAAUGGCGCAUUAGAGGCUGAGUGGCUCGCUCUAACGUAUCUAAUCCAGAAUUUUCUGACUUCCAAAUGGGCCAGCAAAUCACUUAUUAUAUACACAGACUGCAGUGCAGUAAUUCACAAGUUCAUGGACUCCUAUGUGGAUAGGAGUGAGGAAGCCCGCUGGCCUUUUGAUGGUCUGGCCCAAGUUCAGAAUAUCCAAGUCAGGUGUAUUCCCAGAGAUCUUAAUUCCAAAGCGGAUUUUCUAGCAAAAUCCGGAGCGCAAAAAAAUCAAAUAUCCCUAUUCUGGGCCCAAGUCUAG